UAACUGAACUAAUUAGGGAAUGGGAAACAGGUGACUAGACACAAAGGCAGGCUGGCAGUGAUUGGCUGGGAAAGACAGUGGGAGUAAGGCAGGGCUAAUGAGGGAUAAUGCCAGGCAGGUGUGAAGGGACGGCAGACUGAGGAAAAGAGCACUAAGACAAGGGCAGGGCUAACUAGGGUGAAUGCAGGGCAGGUGUGAGGAGUACAUGAACACAGGAGGAGAAAACCAAAAACACAACAAGCACAGACCGACCAACAAAGGCAACCCAAAUGAGGGUAUCUGAUGGACAAUGACAACCAGGGAAUUCAAAAGAACAAAAACACAGCACUGCAGCAGCCAAUUAUCUGCCCUUACUCAAAUUCAGCUGGGAUGCUAAGUGACACGAGUCAAUGCAGACUGUGCCAUCAAGACUACCUACAUGUCCACUAGUCUUGACACAUCACUGCCAAAUUGACAGUGAGUGACAUUGAGGAUCCUCUGCCAGAGUUUGAAGGUCAUGUCGAUAUUGAAGAAUUCUGGCAAUCUGUUGACCAAGAAGUUGUUUACAGAGGCUUUUUAUAAAACCGAGCUCUCACAAUCCCCCAGGGGACCCGAGAGAGAGUCUGCGUGCUCCGUGUGAUGAUCAGCGAGUCUUAGAGAGAUCCUGACAGCCAAUCAUCUGUCUUCUAGUGCCGUCCUGCUUGGCUUCACAUUUCAGGAGGGUGCCAUUUCUUAUAUUCCUGCCUGGAGAGCUGUUUCAUGUUUGGAAUGGACUGGUGGUUUUUCUUUGCCCUGACACACUGCGGAAAGUGACUCUGAUAGAUCUGCGCUGUGUUUAUUAGGGGGGGAAAUCUGCAGAGCUUUGUUUCCAGCCAUCUAUGGAUGCUCAAGUGUAAAAAAAAAAAAAAAAAAAAAAAAAAAUUCACCCCGCUUCCAAAAUCAGCCUAGAUUAGUUACAGAAGAAGCAUUUCCUUGUACUUUUCUCCCCUCUCCUUCACUAGCCGCAGUGUAAAGAGGAAAGUUUCCCAUUAAAAAUGUUCCCAGACCCGGCUCUGUUAGUGUGGAGAAAAUACAUUAGGGGAGUUAAUGUGAUUUUGGCUGAGCAGAUUAGAAAUGUCUUUCAUGGUCACAUUCCAAUAUUAGUCCAGAGCUAAGCCUCAAUAUGUGUUUCUUUUGUGCUUAACCUCAUAAUGUCAAGAGACCCAUAGUCACUUCUGGCAUGGAUAUUCACUUGCGCUGCCAGCAAAGUUAGCUGCUCCAUUCCUCUAAAGCCGUGUGGAAAAGGAGGGGUUAGGGGAAUAACAUGUGGCAAGGAGGAACAUGGGUGUAAAAAUGGACAUUUGAUAGAUGUUUUUAGCAACGACGGCUUGGAAUGGCACAUUGAAAUGCUCCCCUACCCCACUCUUACUCACUCCAGUUCGUACUCGAGCACAUGUUGCAAACUCCCCGAUGAGUGACGUGGCACAGUCAGACGGGCAACGUGUGCACACACACAAGCAGACAGUCGAUGGCCUCGCUGAUGAUCUGUCCUAACAGACUGAGUCUUGGUCAUCAGCCGGAACCAAAUCCUCAGAGUAAACAUGAGUGGUGACUGAUCCACAUUCAGUUUAAAUGACCUCCAUGCCGCUGCUGCAUCUCACCGAGGGAAUUCAAACGCCUCAAUCACACUGCACUCUCUCCUAACUCAAUCCAAGAGGGAUUAAGCAACCAAAUCAAUUAGAAGCUGCGGCUAAGAAGCAAAACUCUCCUACUAGCCCCCCCCCCCCACUUACUCUCUCUCUCUCCAUGUGCAGCCAAAAACAAAAGGUGCUUAAGUACAUUAUAUAUAGUAGGAGUGGUCACUGGCUUGUAAUUAUAAUUAAUAACAGUUGGGUAAUUGGAACCACUUUCCUGCUAUAUAUUAAACUUCUACAGCACAUAUGACUCAGAACCCAAAGGUCUAUUUAAUUCUAUUAAAAGAAACACAUUCAACUACUACUUAGACAGUAUGGGCUAGACUCAAUAGAGGCUGUUCAAAUCUCUUUUUGUGUCUAAUCCGUGACUUUUCUACCCUCUCUCUUCCUCCCUGUUCUCCCUUCUCUUUCUCGACUAAAUCUUUGUCUGUAUGCAGAGCCUGUUCUUGCCUCUCUUUACACUUUUCUCCCUCCUGUUUUCCCCCCGCGUUCACCGCAUCUCUCUAGCCCUGGGAAGAAUACAGAAGUUCUGAGGGAAACAAGUGUGCUCCGGCGGCAGGAUGAGAGGACCGGUGCUGUUGUUGAGUGAAUCCUCGGUUUCCCUUUCUGUCUCUCUCUCGCUCUCUGUCUGUCUCCCUCUCUCUCUCUCUCUCUCUCUCUCUCUCUCUCUCUCUCUCUCUCAGUCUGUCUCCUCCUAGUCCAAGAGAAUCAAAGGAGAUCAGCUUUCUUAGAGCCCUGUCUUAGAGGGGUUUGACUACAGAGGAAGGAGAGCAAGGAAGUGGGGGAGGAUAUUCAUCUGAUAGAAGUAACUCAGAGGGCAGCAUCAGACAACAUCAGAUGAAUGAAUCAUCCGUCAACGCAAUGAGGGAAUAAUAGGAGCUCCCUCUCACUAGGUCGAAGUGACUGCUGUACCUUCCAUUACGACUGAGACAUGAGUGAUUGCCUUGGAGAUGGAAGAUGUAUGUAGGUGUUUGGACUACAGUCCCUGUGUCAAGAUAAGCAAGGCUGACAGAUCGGUGUUAUAUAACAACAAGAACAGUAUCAUCAACACCUUCCUCAUCAUCAUCUCUAGAGGCAGAGGGCUACCUGUAGAAUAAGUGGAGCAACUUCUGGGCAAGCUUAUACUGUCCAGACUGUCAGCGGUCACCUUGUACCUUGUGGAUCUACCAUUAAGCCACUCAGCCAAACAGACUCCUGUGUAGAAGGCGGGUCAGAGCUUCAGUGUGGGAGAAAUCCAGGGGCCCAUCAUCAGUUGCGCUGAGUGAGCCGAGCUGAGAGAUGCGCGUUCACUGAGCCGGGGGAAGGAGGACCGCUGCCGUUCCCUCAAUAACCUCCUCAUCACCAGCAUCAGCAUCUCACCACCCCGGACAGACUAUAAUUAAAAAGCACUACGGUUUCUGGAUGGAAUUUUGCUCUGGAAUAUUAUAAUUUACAGUAUUUAUACACAGGCUUUAUCCAUCCGGAAUCGUCUCUCUGCACAAAAAGUUCUGUCUGGCAGUGUGUUUGAAGCUGGAGAUCAAACCAUGGGGCAUGGAACUGGACCAACGAUGAAGGUUGUGUUCUUCAAUCCAGGAAGUCGCCUCAAAGAAAAAUCCCAAGAUGCAGCUCUGAAUCACUGACAAAACACACAAAGGAUCACCUUCAUCUGAGCACUCUCACCUGUCCUCUUUAUGUGGAAAUUGGAUAUUUUCCCAUAUAUCUCUGCCUAGACUUGGCUGGAAGAUUAGAUUCUAUCAAUUAUCAACAUUAGAUCUGCCUCAAAAAAAUAAACAAAACAAAACAAAAAAAAAACAAACGGAUAUUGCAUUCUCCGCUUGACUGUAAAAUUAUUUAUGUGGAAUAUAAUAUUCAACAGAUAAAUCUUGGAGCACAGACAUAAUCAGAUGUUAUUAUCACUUUGAGGAUCUAUCCCCAGUUAUAACCCUCUUCUGGUGCAGCCUGUUAUUCUCUACGAUGAAUCCCAACAGCCUACCUGGGCAUGUCCUCUUGCUGCUAAGUACCAUCCUGGGCCUGAGCGUAGGCUUGGAGUUUACUGGCUCUGAAGGUCAGUGGGCUCGCUACCUGCGCUGGGAUGCCAGCUCCAGAAGUGACCUGACAUUUCAGUUUAAGACUUCAGAAUCGGACGGCCUGGUGCUCUACUUCGACGACGGCGGAUAUUGCGACUUUCUGCUUCUCACCGUAUCCGAGGGUAAGCUGCAACUUUGCUUCAGCAUCGACUGCGCCGAGACCACCAUCACCUCUGACAAGAUGGUCAAUGACAGCCGCUGGCACUUUGCUGCCAUCAACAGGCACAAUUUGCGGACUGGCUUGGCCGUGGACGGCCAGACCAAGACGGAAGAGGUGCGGCCUCAGCGACAGUUCAUGAAGAUCGUUAGUGACCUCUUCCUCGGAGGGCUCCCUGGGGACAUCCGCCCAUCUGCCAUCACCUUACCCUCUGUCCGUGAGCUACCACCAUUCAAGGGAAUUAUCACAGAUCUCAGUUAUGGAAGUAAGCUGCCCACGCUCAUCAAUAGUCAGAAAGUACGCUUGGAGAUGAUGGGCCUUUGCACAGAGAACCCCUGUGAGAAUGACGGGAUCUGCUCGCUGGCAGAUGGAGAAACCUACUGUGACUGCUCCAAAACUGGAUUUGUAGGUCGAUACUGCACUGAAGCAGUCCAGAGAAAACCAGGCCUCGCACACCUGAAGGCAGAGCAAGGUAGAAGCAAAGCGAGGGAGGAGAACGUGGCGACCUUCCGAGGCUCGGAGUACUUCUGUUACGACCUUUCGCAGAACCCCAUCCAGAGCAGCAGCGACGAAAUCACGCUGUCCUUCAAGACCUGGCAACGCAACGGCCUCCUCCUCCACACGGGGAAAUCCGCAGACUAUGUCAACCUCGCACUAAAAGAUGGGGCCGUUUCCCUCGUCAUCAAUCUGGGUUCCGGGGCCUUUGAGGCCAUCGUUGAGCCAGUCGGUGGAAAAUUCAAUGACAACGCCUGGCAUGACAUCAAAGUGACACGCAACCUGAGACAGGUGACUAUCUCCGUUGAUGGGAUCCUCACCACCACUGGCUACACCCAGGAAGACUACACCAUGCUGGGCUCCGAUGAUUUCUUCUACGUGGGUGGGAGCCCCAGCACUGCAGACCUGCCUGGAUCUCCAGUUAGCAACAAUUUCAUGGGCUGCCUCAGAGAGGUGGUGUACAAGAACAACGAUAUCCGCCUGGAGCUGUCCCGCCUCGCCCGUAUCGUGGACCCCAAGAUGAAACUCCAGGGCGACGUGGUCUUCAAGUGCGAAAACGUUCCCACCCUCGACCCCAUCAACUUCGAGACCCCCGACUCCUACUUGGCUUUGCCAAAAUGGAACACCAAGCGCGUCGGCUCCAUCUCUUUUGACUUCCGCACCUCCGAACCCAACGGACUGAUACUCUUCACCCACGGCAAGCCCCAGGACCGACGGGACGCCAAGGGUCAGAAGAACAACAAGGUGGACUUCUUUGCUGUGGAGCUGCUGGAUGGAGGACUUUACCUGCUGCUGGACAUGGGCUCCGGCACCAUCAAGGUCAAAGCCACUCAGGCUAAGGUCAAUGACGGCGUCUGGCACCAUGUGGACAUCCAGAGAGAUGGUCGCUCAGGCAUUAUCUCAGUAAACAGCCGCCGGACCCCAUUCACAGCCAGCGGGGAAAAUGAGAUCUUGGACCUGGAGGGGGACCUUUAUCUGGGUGGUCUGCCAGACAACCGGGUGGGUUUGGUGCUGCCCACUGAGCUCUGGACCGCUAUGCUGAACUACGGUUACGUGGGCUGCGUCCGGGAUUUGUUCAUUGACGGACGCAGCAAGGACAUCCGUCAGAUAGCUCUGUCCCAGAACGUGACGGGCAUCAAGUCUUCGUGUAGUAAAGUGACGGGGAAACAGUGCGACAGCAACCCUUGCAAGAACAACGGGGUGUGUAAGGAAGGAUGGAACCGCUUCGUCUGUGACUGCACUGGGACCGGCUUCUGGGAUAGUACCUGUGAGAGAGAGGCAUCGAUCCUGUCUUACGACGGCAGCAUGUACAUGAAGGUCGUGAUCCCGAACGUCAUGCACACCGAGGCCGAGGACGUCUCCCUCCGCUUCAUGUCCCAGAGGGCGUUCGGCCUGCUCAUGGCCGCCACGUCCCGCGAGUCGGCGGACACGCUGAGACUGGAGCUGGACAGCGGGAGGGUCAAACUGACGGUCAACUUAGACUGUGUCAGGAUAAACUGUAACACCAGCAAGGGCCCUGAGGUUCUUUAUGCCGGACAAAAGCUCAACAACAAUGAAUGGCACUCAGUGCGAGUGGUCCGACGCGGUAAAAACUUCAAACUUACUGUGGAUAACGACAUGGCUGAAGGUCAGAUGGCAGGUGACCACACCCGUCUAGAGUUCAACAACGUGGAGACAGGGAUCUUGACCGAGAGACGCUUUGUCGCCUCUGCUCCCUCCUCCUUCAUUGGGCAUCUUCAGAGCCUCAAGUUCAAUGGCAUGCAGUACAUCGACAUGUGCAAGAACGGGGACAUCGACUUCUGCGAGCUCAACGCCCAUUUCGGCAUGAGAUUCAUCAUCGCCGACCCGGUGACCUUCAAGACAAAGGGCAGCUACCUGGGCUUGGCCACUCUGCAGGCCUAUACCACAAUGCAUCUCUUCUUUCAGUUCAAAACCACCUCGCCCGACGGCUUCAUCAUCUUCAACAGCGGAGACGGGAACGACUUCAUCGCUGUGGAACUGGUCAAAGGGUUUAUCCACUAUGUGUUCGACCUGGGUAAUGGGCCAAGUCUGUUGAAGGGGAACAGUGACAACCCACUGAACGAUAACCAGUGGCAUAAUGUGGUCAUCACGAGAGACGCUUCCAACAUACACACGCUGAAAGUGGAUUCAAAAUCGGUCACCCAGAAUGUCAACGGAGCCAAGAACCUCGACUUAAAAGGCGACCUGUUCAUCGGAGGUCUGGGACCCAACAUGUAUCAGAACCUCCCUAAGCUGGUGGUUUCUCGGGAAGGCUUCCAGGGCUGCUUGGCGUCAGUUGACCUCAACGGGCGCCUGCCAGACCUCAUCAACGACGCCCUUUUCCGCAGCGGGCAGAUUGAACGCGGCUGUGAAGGCCCGAGUACGACCUGCCAGGAGGACUCGUGCGCCAACAUGGGCGUGUGUAUCCAGCAGUGGGAGAACUUCACUUGCGACUGCUCUAUGACGUCUUAUUCGGGGACUCACUGCAACGACCCUGGCACCACCUACAUCUUCGGUAAAGGAGGGGGUCUGAUCACAUACACAUGGCCCAAUAAUGAAAGGCCGAGCACACGGACGGACCGGCUGGCUGUGGGCUUUAGCACUACCAUCAAAGACGGCAUCCUGGUCCGCAUCGACAGCGCCCCACGUCUGGGUGACUACAUCAUGCUCCACAUCGAGCAAGGGAAAGUAGGUGUGACUUUCAACAUUGGGACAGUGGACAUCAGUGUUAAGGAGAUGAACACAGCAGUAAACGAUGGUAAAUACCAUUUGGUUCGAUUCACCAGGAACGGAGGCAACGCCACCUUGCAGGUGGACAACUGGCCAGUCAACGAGCACUUUCCCACAGGCAACAGCGACAUUGAGCGCUAUCAAAUGGCAAAUAAGAAAAUCCCGUUCAAAUAUACCCGGCCAGUAGAAGAUUGGCUUCAGGAGAAAGGCCGACAGCUGACAAUCUUCAACACCCAGGCCACUAUCUCCAUCGGUGGAAACGACCGGAAGCGGCCCUACCAGGGCCAGCUCUCCGGCCUUUACUACAAUGGCCUCAAAGUCCUCAACAUGGCCGCCGAAGGCCACGCCAACAUCAAGGUGAACGGCAGCGUGAGGCUGGUGGGCGACGUGCCGGCCAGCAGAGGCGCAGCACGCACCACCACCUCCGUGCCGCCAGAGAUGUCCACCACCUUUAUCGAGACCACGACCACCCUGUCUACCACGACCACUCGCAAGCAGCGCUCACCACCUACCAUUCAGACGACAGAUGACAUUGUUUCAUCGGCGGAGUGCUCCAGCGACGACGAGGACCUGGAAGAGUGUGACUCCGGACAUGCAGGAGGGGAGCUAGUCAUCCCCGUGCUAGUCGAGGACCCCAUAGACAUCCCUUCUGUAUCCACCCGUUCUCCCUUCAUCCCCCUUCCCCCAACCCUCCGCCCCGUCCUCACCAUUAUUGAGACCACCAAAGAAUCCUUGGCCAUGGCCACUGAGGCGGGGGUACCUUGCUUGUCGGACCGAGGCAGCGAUGAUUGUGAUGAUGGUGAUGGUGGUGAUGAUGGUGAUGAUGAUGAUGAUGAUGGCAUGGUGAUUUCGGGGUUUGGCUCUGGCGAAGCUUUCGACUCUAGCCUGCCCCCGACUGACGAUGAAGAUUUUUACACCACCUUCUCCCUGGUAACAGAUAAGAUCUUGACCACAUCAACCUAUGAAGGCGGCUACAAAGCCCUCGCGCCCAAGUGGGAGGCCAAGGACUUGAGGCCUAGCAAAGCCUCUGAGGCAGGUAGGACUACACCCACCUUGCCUCUGCCCGACCUCCGUGGCACGCCUCCUGUGGCGGUCCCCUCAGACACGCCGCCCAAGCUGCCUGCCGGGAAAAUGAACAACCGCGAGGUAAAACCCCAACAGCCGGACAUAGUCCUGCUGCCCCUGCCCACGUCCUUCGAUCUGGACGGCACCAAGCCACGGGGCCCCUUCAUAACCUCGCCCAUGCUGCGCACGGUGCCCGCUGCCUUGCCCACGGUGCCCGGUGUGGUGCGACGAGUACCCCCGGGGGCCUCCGAGGUGAUCCGGGAAUCCAGCAGUACCACGGGCAUGGUGGUGGGCAUUGUCUCAGCCGCUGCCCUCUGCAUCCUCAUCCUCCUCUACGCCAUGUACAAGUACAGGAACAGGGACGAGGGUUCCUACCAGGUGGACGAGACGCGCAACUACAUCAGCAACUCUGCGCAGACCAAUGGCGCUGUGGUGAAGGAUAAAACACCCAGCAGCAGCGCUAAAGGCAGCGCCAGUAGCAAGAGACCGAAAGACAAGGACAAGGAAUAUUAUGUAUAGAAAUCAAAAGUCAUUUCCCAACACAUAAAAAAAUAAACUGUUUGGAACAAAGAUAUAAACAUUUUGACAGUACCAUAUUGGCAACUGUGAUUAAAAAAGGAUGAAACCUCUUUAGAACUCAAGACUUUCUGAGUCACUGAAACAUUUACAAAAGAACUUUGGCUUAUGGAAGCACACUUACUAUUGUAAGCAUUACGGAGAGACAAUGCAGUACCACUUCAUCGGGACUCGACAUGAACCUUUUUAAGGAGUCCCUGCUGGAGACAUUUGGCAGUGUGAAUAACAUCACGACCCCAAGUGACUGUCAGAGGUGUGUGAUCCUUGGAGUUCUAAUGACCUUGUCCAUUGUAACCCUGUAAAAUACGAUCACUGUCAUUUCGGCCAUUCUGAGCAUGCAUGUGAGGUGUAUGUGAUGUGGUGCUGGCAUCUGUGUAAGUGAGGGACCUCAAGAAAUAAUGAUUGUCGGGAGAGUUGGAAGUCAAAAACAUGAUUUCGCAUUACAAAUGGUUUCAUUAAAUGUAGCUUUCAUGGAUGCGAUAUGAGGUAAAGUAUAUGUGUACUUAAAGUUGUCUUUAAUUUCUAAUUUUGUUUUUUUGUUUUUUUUAUUCAUUUAUUGAAUCUAGGAGUUUCUUUGUUUUUUUAUUGUAAAAGGAUGAUGUCCAGUCAGGGUUGGCUAGGCAGUGCUCAGCAGGAUGUGAUACAGUAAUGUAUCUCAAUAUUCUUCUCUCCCUCCCUCCCGCCUCAGCUAAGGAUUGGACUGCUAUGCAUGGCAUCCAAAUUCACGAUGGUGUUCAAGUGUGAAAAAGUGGAUCCACCAGGCAAAAUGCUACAUUGUUAUUUCUCUGAAUUUUAAAUCUCUGAUAGCAUUUUCCUUUAGUUUCAUUUCAUUUUCAUUUUGUCCAGUUUUUUUUUUUUUUUUUUUUAACAUUUCCUGAGAUGCUGUGGCAAAAAAAAUACAUCAUCAUAAUUUGUGUCUGGCGGAGAAUUAACUGUCGCAAUCUUAAAAAAGAAAAUAUCCAGGCUAAAGACUUACUGCAGUGUGAACAAGUGUGAUUCUAUCUGUUGUCACAGACGACUGUGUCAAAAACAGCAAAUAUGUUUACAUAUUUUAUUACAUCAUAGCCGUUGUGCUUUGCAGGUCAAUAUUGUACAGAAAAUUCAAGUUUCUGUUGGUUGUUUUUUUAUCCUCUUCUUGUAUAGACAGACCAUUUGAUUUGAUUUUACUGCUGUAGCAACAUGACAGAAAAAAAAAAAAACAACAUUUUUAUUCUUUUACCAGGAAUCCCUGGAGAUAAAAAAUGAUGUGCACAGGAACAUUUGUUUAGGCGGGGAGCAAAUGUUGUUAGAUUAGACGUCUAGUCUCUCUGGAUGGUGUUUCUCUAAGUCGCAUGAAUAUUUGACCAUCGGAAGCUGUCAAUCAAAUAGAAAAACACCUCCCUCGGAUCUUGUACUAGGGACUCCUCAUUAUUCUGAAAUUACUUUCAUGUUAUUUAUUUUUUUAUUGGAAAUUUAAAAAACAGAACAAGAGAAUAAAGACAGAUUAUGAUGGAUUUGGAGAUCUAUUGCUAGCACCUUACUGAUUUACAGGUGUUUUCUUUUGUUUCUUUCAUUUUUUUUUUUUUUUUUUUUUUUAACUGUGACGUCAA